AUGAAUCGCUGGACUAAAGUUCUUAGCUUGCAUCGCACACAAAAAGAUGGUGAAGCACAAGUGGCAAAGGCAGAAGGAGAGAAAGAAGCAAAGAAGGAGCAGAAAACAAAAGUGAACUGGAAGGAGUAUGUGAUUGAUCCCUCUGAAGAGUUUUACUAUGGCUGGUUGCAGGUUAUGAUCUUUCCCAUCUUCUACAACUGGGUUGUUAUUAUCUUCAGGGUCUGUUUUGAUGAAGCCGACAAGACAUUUCAGGCAGUUUGGUACACCUUAGACUACAUUUCUGAUCUGGUCUAUGUGGCAGACAUAUUUGUCAAGAUCCGUACAGGAUUUUUGGAGCAGGGCAGCCUCGUGCGAGAUGUCUCACGACUUAGGAAACGCUACCUGCGCUCCUCUCAGUUCUUCUGGGAUCUGUUAUCGCAGCUCCCCACUGAUCUGCUUUAUUUGAAUGAUUUUGUCAAGUAUCCUGUUGUGCGGAUAAACCGUUUCCUGCGUUUGCCUCGCCUCUCUGAGGCUUUGGACCGCAUGGAGACACGUACUGCCUACCCAAACGUAUUCCGCAUAGCCAAACUAAUGAUCCUCAUCUUUAUCCUCAUCCACUGGAAUGCAUGCCUUUAUUUUGCCCUUUCACAACAUAUAGGCUUUGGAAGUGAUGAAUGGGUCUACCCUAACACCACAAACAGUUUGUUUAAUUCCACACGACAUGAGUACUUUUACUCCUUCUGGUUUUCCACUUUGAUUCUCACCACAGUAGGAGACACACCUCAACCAAGUUGUGAGAAGGAGUAUCUCUUCAUGAUUGCUGACCUCUUGAUUGCUGUGCUGGUGUUUGCCUCUGUGGUGGGAAACGUAAGCAGUGUAGUAAUGAACCUGCGUAACAGGGACAACGUCUUCUUCCCCAACCAUGAGCUGGUAAAGAGCUACUUACGAAGUCGACGAAUCAACAAAGCACUACACAACCGUGUCAACACCUGGUACCAACAUCUUCAUAUUUACAAGAAGAUCACUCGGGAGAAUGAAAUCCUCCAGCAGCUGCCAGUUACGCUGCAGACAUCCAUUGCUGUGAGCGUGCACUUACCCACUCUGUCCAAGGUUACCAUCUUUCAGAACUGUGAGAGCAGCUUGCUGGAAGAGCUGGUGCUCAAGCUCACCCCACAGUUUUACAAUCCUGGAGAGUAUGUGUGUAGAAAAGGUGAUGUGGGGCGUGAGAUGUACAUCAUUAAAGAGGGAAAGUUGGCUGUGGUGGCAGAUGAUGGGGUUACCCAGUAUGCUGUACUUGGUGACGGCAACUUCUUUGGAGAGAUCAGCAUUCUUAACAUAAAAGGCAACAGAUCAGGAAACCGACGCACAGCAAACAUCCGCAGCAUCGGUUACUCUGAUCUUUUCAGUCUUUCUAAGGAGGACCUAACAGAAACUCUGUCGGAGUUCCCAGCUGCCAAGCGUCUUUUGGAGGAAAAGGGGCGCCAGAUCCUCAUCAAGAUGGGAAUGCUAGAGAUUCCAGAUGAAGGCGCGGAGGAAAAGGAGAAGAUGGAGGACAAAGUGGUACGCAUCGACUCUAGCCUGGAGACACUACAGACCAAGUUAGCAAGGUUGAUGGUCGAAUUGGAGUCUAGCGUCCGCAAGAUGAUGAGUCGUGUGGAGCAACUGGAACUGCAGACCGAUGGCUGGGAAGGCAUUGUGGCCGAGGGGGCCAGAAGCCCUGAUGAUGAGGCUGAGAGAGCGAGGGUGAUUGGAGAUGGGAAGGGAGGACAUGAGGAGGAACCACAAGGAGAGAGGGGUGAGGGGGAUGGAGGGGAGGAAGAUAAAGAUGAUAAGAAAGAGGUAAAACAGAAGGAAAGAUAG